AUGGCGUCCCAUCUGAGAUCUGCAAGUUUGCCUUCUAGCCCUCGCUCAAACAAAUCUGAAGUCGAGCAGCAGCUGCAGAGCCUGAAGACAACCAUGGCUUCAUCAUCAGCAACCAUUGACAUGAUGUGUGACAGUUUGCGGAGGCUUGGAAGCCUCUACAGCAAAAUUGAGGAGGUGAUGUGCACGCCAAGCAACCAAAUCAACCUCUGCCAAACCCUGCAAAGGAAGGCAGUGGAGGAAGAGCUUGGGCGGUCACUUGUGUUGCUUGACCUCUGCAGUGCCAUGCAUGAAAGCUUCAUCGAGCUGAAGAUGAAAGUACAAGAACUGCUCUUUUCUCUCAAAAGAGAAGAUGAUGCAGCUGCUCAACUCAAGGCAUGCAUCCAGAUAACAAAGAAGGUGCACAAACAGUUCAAGAAUGUCUGCAAAAAGACUACUGAUGAGAAGGAUUGCAAGGUGAUCAAGCUACUAGCAGAAGCAAGAUCGAUCACUACCUCAGUGCUUCAAUACACAUCGUGCCUCUUGUGUAAGCAAAUCGAGAUGCCCAAAAGGUCUCUUAUCUCCAAAACAUUCCAGAAAGGAAAAGUAGUGUGCGAAGAGGAGCAAUUGCAGGCAUUAGAUUGCAGUAUCAAAGAUCUUGAGAGCGGAGCGGAUCUUCUGUUCAGGAGAUUGGUCCAGUGCAGAGUUUCUCUUCUGAAUACUCUUGGCUCAUAG